AUGCUAGCUCAACUGUCAUCUAUUCACAUUGGUCUCGCUGUAGGCUUGUUGCUGAUUUGCGCCUUGAUCUACUAUGUAGUUCAACUAUCAAGGCACGAACUCAGGAUCAGAAAGAUAGGCGGAGUGCGAGCACCUUCUCUAACAAGAAACCCUCUUAUAGCGGCUUCGUGGUUCCUCGACACGGGCAAGGCUAUAAUAAGGAAUGAGCUUCUAGAGCAGUAUAACAGUUUCUUCGAUGCGGCAACCCCUGAGUGUCCGGAUUUGGUCGAGCUCCAGAUAUUUCCACGGGAGAGAUAUCUUUUCACUAGAUCUCCGGAGCAUAUUAAAGCAGUACUGGCGGCUCAAUUCGCUGAUUACGGGAAAGGACCCCGAUUCCACGACCUAUGGAGGCCAUUCCUUGGCGAUAGCAUCUUCACAACUGAUGGUCAGCUAUGGCACGAUAGUCGUAGCUUGAUCCGUCCAAUGUUCAUUAAGGAUAGGGUUAGUGACUUAGCCACGUUCGAAAAAGGGAUGGCAAUCCUCCUUUCGAAACUUCCACCCCAAGGACAAACUGUCGACAUCAUGGAUCUUUUCUAUCGAAUGACUCUAGACGUCACCACGGACUUCCUACUAGGAGCCAGUGUUGACAGUCUAAGCAACCCUCAGAGUGAAUUUGCAAAGGCUUUCAAUGACGUCCAAAGGAUUCAGAUGUUGGUCACUGCUAUUGGACCAUUUGAAACACUUGUUCCUCGUCGUCGAUACAAUGAGGGGAUCAGAGUCCUAGACCGAUUCAUUAUGCCGUACAUCGAGCAGGCAUUAGCAUUGCCGCAGGAGGAGUUAGAGAAGCUCUCCAACUCUGACAAACACUUCACCUUCCUGCACAAUAUAGCACGGUAUACUCGCAAUCGCCAAGUGCUCCGUGAUCAGAUCAUCGCCGUGCUCCUCGCCGGGCGCGACACGACAGCCGCAACGCUAUCAUGGGCGUUUUACGAGUUAUCUCGCUAUCCCGACAAGUUCAAGAAGCUUCAUGAUGAGAUCAUCAACUCCGUCGGUCGCACACGAACCCCGACGUACCAGGAUCUCAAGGACAUGCCGUAUCUGCGACAUACUCUGAACGAGACAUUAAGACUCUAUCCUGCCGUGCCGUAUAACCUGCGAGGAGCACUGGAAGAUACAACCCUACCAGGUCAACCAGGUCAGCCGCCUAUCUCGGUAGUAAAGGGCGACAUCGUAUUCUACAGCACGCUCGCGAUGCAGCGACGGAAAGAACUGUACCCUCCGAUAUCAGAGAAGUUCGAAGAUCCUGCAGUCUUCUCGCCUGAGAGGUGGGAGAACUGGAUACCCAAGUCCUGGCAAUAUGUGCCCUUUAACGGUGGGGCGCGCAUUUGCGUAGGACAAAAUUUUGCUUUGACUGAGAUGGCGUAUUGCAUGGUCAAAAUCGUCCAGAAAUACGACCGCCUCGAAUACCGCGGAGAUUGGCACGCGCAGAAGCAUGAGACAGAGGUUGUUGGCAAACCCAGUCAAGGGGUCAAGGUUGCCUUAUAUGAAGAACCUUCGAAGGUACUGGAGGGACCGAAGCCAUUAUAUGUUUAG